AUGACGGAAGUCAGCAACAUUUCUGAUCCGCCUACCAAGGUGCCAGCGGAGACGCCAUCACCUCCAAACGAGUUGGAUGCUGGUGGCCACUCAGAUGCUGAUGACGCUGAUUCAUCCUUUCAGUCGGAUGCACCAAGUUCAACAGCAUCAGUAUCUGAGAGCAUUCUUGAAUAUCGCCGAAUUCAUGGACGGACAUAUCAUAGCGAAAAAUACAGUAGUGAACAGGUGUUUCCCAACGAUGAACAGCAGAUGGAAUGUGUUGAUCUAUCUCACCACUACCUUUUGCUUCUACUGGACAGCAAACUAUUUCUAGCUCCAAUCAAAGACAAUGUUCAGAACGUCCUCGACGUUGGAACUGGAAGUGGUAUCUGGGCGAUGGACUUUGGUGAUCAAUUCCCAAGUGCCGAGGUAAUCGGCACCGAUCUUUCACCCUGUCAGCCCCAAUGGGUUCCUCCCAACGUCCGCUUCGAAAUAGAAGACGCCAGCCAAACUUGGACCUGGAAAGACAACCACUUUGACUUUGUCCACAUUCGCUAUCUGUUUGGUGCACUCACGGACUGGAACCAUGUCUUUGAACAGGCCUACCGUUGUUGCGCACCAGGAGGCUGGGUCGAGUCUGUCGAGGCCGACCUACGUUUUUGCAGUGAUGAUGGCACUUUAGAUCUAGAGCCUGUCUGGGCGACGACGACCAAGUUAUUGGAAGAGGGAGGGAAAGUCAUUGGACGACAGUUCUUUGUUAGUGAGCAGCAGAAACAAGGGAUCGAAAACGCUGGCUUUGAAGAAGUCAAGGUUGUGGACUACAAGGUUCCGAUUGGGGGAUGGCCCAAGGACCCAGCCCUGGCUGAAGUCGGCCGCUUUAUGCUGCAGACACUGUUAAACGACCCAGAAGGAUACUCGUUUGUGCUAUGGAAUCAUGUCCUCAAGUGGCCUGAGGAUGAGUACCAGAUAUUCCUCAUGCAGGUGCGCAAGGCUUUGCGGAACCGCAAAGUUCACAGUUACAUCAAAGUCCGAUAUGUUUACGGCCGCAAGCCUCAGUAG